AGUGGGUUCGAGGCGACACCGACGCCGGCGUCGCCGCCACCGGGAGAGCGAGGCGGCUGGUUUCGGCAUCUCGCGUCCGCGUCUGGGAAGGCAGUAGGCGGGCGCGAUGGCGGGGGUUGUAAGCUGGUACGGCCCGCUCGUCGACCUCUCGGCGGCGGCCGGUCAUCUCGGCGGGUUCGUGCAGCUCCUGGCGUCCGUUCGACGUGUGCUUCCGCACCAGGAACUGAAUGCUGAUGGGAGGGCAUUUCAGAAGACUAUGCUCGAGGUUGGUGACGAGACUAGGUCGAGCUUUUGUGUCUCUCUGUGGCCCAAGCAUAGCUCGGGCAUACUCGCCGGCGAUGUUUUGCUGUUACAAAAUAUUAAGAUAGUUGAAUUUAGAAAUGGCUUGGAGGGAAGGGCUUCUCAGAUAUCUGCUGUCCAAGUACUGCUGAACUGUAACGAUUUAGUAAAACAAAAAGGGAUUGAUGAUCUUAUUGUCAACUGUAAAGUGGGAGAUAAUACAAGAUCAAAGUUAAGAAGAGUGGUAGAGUGGAUCUGGAUGCAACCCAACAAAUUCAAUCACGCAGAAAAUUCCCAUAAGGUGACCUUGAAGAACUGGAAAGAAAUAAAAGAAAAGGAAACGGGAAACUUCCUGUCCAUCUCAGAGCUACUGCAUCAGUCCAAAUUAUGUAAUGGUUGUGUAUAUGCAUCCAUUUGCAAAAUAGUGUUAUCAAGUUCUCUGACAUCUCACUUCAAUUGGAAGUUUUCAGUGAUUGAAAGAUUUUCCCUGAAAGAACAUAAUGAUAUUUUCAGAGAAUUAAUUACUACUGGAUGCAAGUUAUGUGGCUCACCUUUAUAUCCAAAAAAUUUUCAUGGAGAAAUCACUUAUCCUAUUGAUUGCCCUAAAAAUCCAAAAUAUCUUCAUGUUCUUGGCCAGAUAUACAAACCAUUCAUGAUAUAUGUGCGAGACCAAUCUGGACAAGUUCCUCUUCUUGUAAGGAAUAAAGCUGCCGAGAUCUUGUUCGCAAAUAUUAGUGCAGAUGAUGUAUCUGAAUGCUAUAAGAACUGUCACUGCAUGUUGUUGGACACUUGUGAAUGUGGCAACUUGAACACUUCUGGGAUCCUAGAUGGCACUGCCGAGACAGGAAUUACAAAAAGGAAAAGGAGAAACAAAAAACCUGAUUGGCAUCUCAUUUGGCUUGUAUUAAUAAAAUGUCUAUUGAAUCAACACAAGAACAGUCCAUUCUGCCUACAAAUUUCAGUCAACCCUGAGAAGAGUGUUGAAGACGGACGCUUUGAACUGGUUUCUCUGACAAUGACAGUACCUUGAGGAUUUCAAUGAGGAAACAUUUUUUCAAUGGAACUUCCUUGUUCUGAUGGUGCAGAGUGACAUGGUUGUGCGGCAAAACUAGACUUCCAUCUUCAGUAUGAACAUGCCUUGUCCUAACAUUAACUGAACCUGGGCAGUCCGGACUAACCUUUUCUCUGAGGCUGAAACUCAUUUUUUUUCAAAACACAGUAUGAGAUUAUGGCCAGGGGUAACAGAGAUGCAGGGGAUUAUGCAACAUGGCAAUGAUAUGACGAUCUGAACCUGAAGCGGCCUUGAAAUACCAAGUAGUAUUUGCCAAUGCAAUUCUGUCAGCAAAGAAAGCUAAUCUAUGAGUUUCAUUAAUCCCCUGUGGAGUGCCAUGCUGAUGAUUACAUUGUGAUUUGGAUAGCUGCUUGUCCUAGGGUUAACAAUGUUAGCUGCAACACGAUCCUAGAACUAACCUUCCAAAACUGAGCAGCAUGAAGUGGCUCAUGGGCUUGAUGAUGAAUAUAGUUUAUUUGUUGAACAUGCUAACCCAGAUGAUGGCUUUUUUAUUAUUAUUUACCAGCCUUUGCCGAUGCAGUUUUUGUUUUUUAUGGCGAUGGAGUUGGCAUGGUCUCUCGUUGGUUUUUACUUUGUAGGCAUGAUUUUUCUGUUAAAAGAAACUGUCUUGCUUUAUUGUCUGAUUGCUUGAAGCAACAUGUUUCUCACUUUCAAUCCUUUCCACCUGAAAUAUGUUGUUCUGUACCUUGCUCCAUACUUGCUCUGAUAUGGCUCUUGAGUCUUUCACGGUAUUCUAUUUGUAUAUUGUACUGCAGUUUCUAAGAGUGUCGCUGUCAUGUAGGAGUACUAGUAUGUUGUCAUGUAGGAAUACAACUUCUGAGUUUUCACUGUAAAGAAAACUGUUCUAGGGCAUUUAAUUCAAAGAAUGUCGCUCUCUCUCUGAAGUGUUACUGAAUUUACUGACUUCCCUUGUAAUCGUAGUCUAGACAUUUCAUUUCCUUAUUUUCUUUUGGUGUUUAUCCACUUUCUUGUCCUUUCUAAGUAUUUAGCCCUACCAUUCCUUAUACUAAUAGUCCAGACUUUUCCCCCCUAUUUGCUUGUGUGUUUAUCCAUGUUUUUGACCUUUUAGUGUUUAGCCCUACC